UCUAUUUUCAUACUUUCUGUUUUUGAACUAAAUGCCGAAUAGCUCUUAGUUCUUUUUUUAAAUCCGUUUUAUUUAUAUCAACCUCUGCAGUAGAGGUAUGUAGUUGUAAAAGAUGUGUUAAAAGAUCGAGAAAGUACGACAUUCGGAAUAAUGGGAAAGAUCUAGAAUGGUCACAUAGACCUGUAGUCAGGAUUUGCUGAGGAGGGAGGGGUGGGGACUGUGCGUAGGAACCGAAAACGGAUGCGCAGGCCAUGUGUUUUGUAAAAAUGUGAAAAAUCGGGUGAUUCUUGAAAAUAAAAAAACAAAAAUUGGCGGUCAAGGGGGGUGGGCACUCCUAGCUACGCGUCUGUAAAGGAAUAUGUCUUCAGGUUUGCAAACUAUUGUCAUACCUCUGCCUUAUCAUAAGAAACCAAGUGCAUGACCAGGAUUUGUUUCAUGCGGUUAAGGGGGAAAGGGGAACAAAAAAUUAAGAAAAUCUUUCGGGGCAUGACCACGCUCCUACAGGGCCCCCAGUGCCCCACCAACUGCUAGCUAUUGUCAUACCGUUGCCUUCUCAUAAGACACCGUCAAAGUGCGUGACCAGGAUCUGUUAAACGGAGGAGGUACUCAGACAUAGAUAUUAAAUAUAUGAGAUCCUACAAUAUGAAAAUUCUUGAAGAAACUUUUAGGCGGUCUACGUACGCCUAGGAACAAAGAAGUUGGACUGACGGUGAACUUCUAGUUUGGAUUUGAUUAUUAAUUGUUACAAAAGCAUAACGAAAUAUCUCUCCGGCCUCCAAAAAUCAUGCCCAUCUUACAUACAUACGUAUUCAUUUUCAGCCAGACCUGCCACCCUGAGUAUUCUUUCUAGAUAUUUAGUCCUUCUCGCGGUGAACCACCAAAGGAAUCCCAUAAUGAGUGUACCACUCAUGAUCUAUCUCGGUGUUGUGAGCUUCGCGGGCUCAGUCUUCAACUUCAUCGUCCUCUUGGUAUUUCUCAGCAAACGCCAUUUUCUCCAGGUGCCAGAUGUCUUCCUUAUCAGCGUAGCAAUCAGUGAUUGCCUCGCGUGUGUCAUUGCAAUGCCUGUGACGCUAUUAGCCGUCAGCAACGGUAGCUGGCAAUUUGAUUUUGAACUCUGCAAAAUGCAUGCAUCACUUUUCUACACCUUUGGUCUCGUCUCCAUCACUCACUUGUCUGCCAUGGCGUUCGAGAAGUAUCUAACUCUCUUUAAGAGCACAAGUACUAACGGGUACUACCUCACUAAAGGGCAGGCUGUCAAGAUCAUAGCAGCCCUGUGGGGGUACUCCCUAGUGUUCAGUUUGUCCCCCCUUGUCGGCUGGGGCGCUUACGGACUGGGACCAGAGAACAUGACAUGCACGUUGCUAUGGGGAGCGAGUGGAGCGAAAGAUGACACGUACUAUGGCGCUGUGUUUCUUGGAUGUUUCUUUGUGCCGGUUGGUUUUAUACUUUUCAGCUACUAUCACAUUAGUAAGUUGAGGAGAAAGACGUUUGUUCAACUAAGCAGGAAUUCAGUGUGCUCUGCCCAAAUGGUGAUGUUCGCCAAAAUCAUGAAGCGUAAGCACAUCGUUUUUGCCAUGAAGCUAACUCUGCUUAUCGGUGCUUACUUCUUCGCCUGGCUUCCUUACAGUGUUGUCUCAUUACUCAUGGUUCUACGUGUUGAGCUUCAAGCCAAUGCAGUAAUAUACAGCAGCAUGUUCGCCAAAUCAAGUUUCUUGUUAAACCCAGUAGUUUAUUCCUUCAUAACUAAGAGAUUUUGGGAAGAUUUUUUUCAUUUUUUGAGGCGCUGUAGAAGAUCUAGAAAAAUUGACCCAUUAAUAUCACAAUCAUAUGUGUUGUUUCCUCUACCGAAUGAAGCCUUUCAUUACGGUUCAUACAAGCCCCGACAACCAUGCGUUACAUAAUUUCUGGAUUUUACAACAAAAAGAUAUGGGCUAGAUAUCUAGCAUGGACUGAAACAAGGCGGCGUCCUACCCGCAUGACAUUUAUUUCAAUCAACAAAAUAUAUAUGUUUUUAUUUUCAACCUUAUGUUAUUUAUUUUGAGCACUUGAUAUGGAAUAAUGUGAAACAUUCCCUUUUUGCCAUGCUUAUCAAAGAUGGACGGUGUUACUUAGACACUAUGAAGUACAGUCCCCUUGAGAGAGUAAUUGACGAGGUAGCAUUUCGCGUUAUUCUUUUUUGAUACCCCCAUCUGUGAAAAGGCUGGAACAGGGGGGUGGGUGGGAGAUUUUCGAGAAAACGACUUGGGAACGCCGGACGGCCACUCUACAGACAACCCCGGUCUUCAUAUGUGUUUGCCAAAUAUUUAGGUACGUUGAAGUCUCUUGGCCUACAAUUCCACCUGCUAGGGCUGGGGGACCCGGAGGGGCUGUCCGGCGGUCCCAAGCUGGUUUCUCGGUAAUCCCAGUCCCUCCCUUGGAAGACUUGGAUGGGGAGGGGGGGAGGGGGGUUCUUGGAACUUCACGAAACGCAAAACUAAUACUGUCAGCCAGGCCUUCCGUAGAUGUGGGGUCUUAAGAAUAAAACUAUAAAAAUAUUGAUUUCUAGCUACGUAAAAGUGACAUUAAGAAUUGCACAUGCGUAGAUUGUGUCGCUUCUUUGCUGACCCACAUGGAUU